AUGGCAGACUCAGAUAACCCUAAAACACCAAGAACGCGUCUUCAACGUAGGUUGUCAACUGGAUUCAGACGUCCCGUACCCAAUAGCGGCAAAAAACGUAAGACAGUGAACCCGACAGCGGAACAAGUAGAACGCGCUCUUUCAAAUACCAGUUUUAGGCCGAGUCCACCUAUUGUUAUUACUGCUCAAGAAUCAAGUGUAAUAAUAAAUGAAGAACCUGAAAAUGUCUCAGUGAUCUUAGAUAAAUUAUCAUCGCCAAUUAUUGAAUCAACUACAGAAGAGCAUAGUCAAAAAGGACUGAGACCUUCUGCUGCAACCAUUUCUACGCAAGAAACUCCUCGAGCGCUUCGAAGAUUCAGCAAUGUUAUCGAACAUCAAACACCCCAGUAUUCAUUACGGCAAAGCACACCUUCGAAUAAAAGAACAACAAUAACAAAGCCGAGGACACCAGGAUCAAAAAACAAAACGCCACAACGCUCAAACGCAGAUACACCCAGUCGGCUUUUGGCGACUAUAUCAAAGAAGCCACAAAGUAAAAUACCGGAAACAAAGUCGGGACUGAGUAAAAAAGGAAUGCCAACACCACACGGGUUCCUUAAACAAUUAACCCGGGAACAAUUGAAUUCACCAUCACUCAUCAUCAGUACUUCAAAUCAAAUCGAUGAAGAAAUGAAUAGAUUCUGGAGAGUCAGUGAUUGUUCUUCGACAGGCCAAUUAAACGAAUUGUUCAAUAAAGUUCGCGAGCAGUCAUCCAGCGAUAGUGAAAAUGAUGAAAAUCAAUCAGAACAUGAUAAUCCUGAUGCACAGAAUAGUGAAAUAAAUGCUUAUGCUGACAACAUUGAAAAUAACGAUGUGGAAAAUGAGGACCCUUCCAAUUUGGAAUCAUCCGGCGAUGAUGAAAAUGAUGAAAGUCUGUCAAAUCUUGAUAAUUUUGAUGCACAGAACAGUGGAAUGAAUGAUUUUGCUGACAGCAUUGAAAAUGACAAUGCGGAGGAUAAUGAUCCUCUCAAUUUGGUGUCAUCCAGCGAUAAUGAAAAUGAUGAAAGUUUGUCAAAUCACGACAAUUCUGAUGCACAGAACAGCGACAACAUCGAAAAUAACAAUGUGAAAGAUGAAGAUCCUCUUGAUUUGGAAUCAUCCAGCGAUAGUGAAAAUAAUGAAAAUCUGUCAGAACAUGAUGAUUCUGAUGUUGACAAUGUGGAAGAUGACGAUUCUCCGGGCUUGGAAUCAUCCAGUGAUAAUGAAAAUGACGAAAAUCUAUCAAAACUGGACAAUUCUGGUGCACAGAAUAGGGAAUUAAAUGAUUUUGCUGACAAUUACGAAACUAACAAUGUGGAAGAUGGUUAUCCUUCCGAUUUGGAGGUUAAUAAUAGGAAUAAACCUUUGCCAAAAUCAAAAUCAUCAAAGUCAUCGAAAAAGAAUAAAAGAUUUUCCGCUGCUGGUAUUCCAGUGCCCAAUCUUCCAAAGGUUCUGGUUAAGCAAAUAUUCACCAUGUUCGCGAAAACCAAAGUUUCCAAUGAUGCAAUGGAGGCGGUGUUUGAAGGAACCCAUAGAUUCUUUGAACAAGCCGCUAUGAGUCUUUCCAACAUUUCAGAGGAUGACGGACGAGACAUGAUAAUUGAAACAGAGAAUUUACUACCGCGUGAAUUGUCUGAUAAGAUAUGUCAAAGUGCAGUGACGGGAAAUGCGGUGUAUCCUCCAACAUCUAUUACAGGAAGAAAUAGUAAAAGAAGAGCGUUUUCGCGGAAAAAGCAAAAAUCAAAGAAUAUGUCGGAUGACGAUGACGAUGAUUCAGAGUAA